AUAUUAAAAUUGGAAAAAACUCAACAAGUCCCCUGUCUCUCUCUCUCUCUCCCCCCUUCGACAGCGAAUAUGGAGGGUCACUCAUCGCACCUAACCGCACCAGUUCGAUCCCGCAGCUCCCAAUCGCCGUCCCCCUCUCACUCGGCCUCCGCUUCUGCCACCUCUUCUAUCCACAAGCGUAAGCUCGUUUCCGACGACCACGCCCCGCUCUUCCCCCCCUCCUCCUUCUCCGCUGACACUCGAGACGGCGCCCUCACCUCCAACGAUGACCUCGAGAGCAUCAGUGCCCGCGGCGGAGCCGCUGACUCCGACUCCGAUGCUUCCGUCGACGACGACGAGGACGACUAUGACCACUCCUCCAUGCGUACUUUCACCGCCGCCAGGCUCGAGAACAAUGCGGCUACUGCGCCGGCGAGGAAUACAAAACCCAAGUUGGAGAAUUCGACGGUCAAGAUUGAGGCUACCGAGGUCGGGAAGGAUAGUGGCAUAUCCGCUGGUUCAGCGACAGUGGCGCCUGCGACCGGUUUAGUUCCCGGAAUUGUGGUGAAAGAGGACUCUGCAAAGAUAUUUACUGACAAUCUGCAGACCAGUGGGGCUUAUAGUGCGAGAGAGGAGGGUUUGAAGAGAGAGGAGGAAGCAGGAAGACUCAAGUUUGUAUGUUUUUCAAAUGAUGGUGUCGAUGAGCAUAUGGUUUGGCUAAUAGGAUUGAAGAAUAUAUUUGCUAGGCAACUACCUAACAUGCCUAAGGAAUAUAUUGUUCGUCUUGUUAUGGACAGAAAUCAUAAAUCCGUAAUGGUUACUAGACGUAAUCAGGUUGUUGGUGGCAUUACAUAUCGCCCGUAUGUCAGCCAAAGAUUUGGGGAGAUCGCUUUUUGUGCAAUAACAGCAGAUGAACAAGUAAAAGGAUAUGGCACCAGAUUGAUGAAUCACUUAAAACAGCACGCACGUGAUGUUGAUGGGUUAACACAUUUUUUAACUUAUGCUGACAAUAAUGCUGUUGGCUAUUUCAUCAAACAGGGCUUUACGAAAGAGAUUGAUUUGGAGAAAGAUAGAUGGCAGGGGUACAUUAAAGACUAUGAUGGAGGAAUUCUUAUGGAAUGCAAAAUUGAUCCAAAGCUUCCAUACACUGAUUUGUCAACUAUGAUUCGCCGUCAAAGACAGGCAAUUGAUGAAAAGAUCAGAGAGCUCUCAAAAUGCCACAUUGUUUACCGUGGAAUUACUGAUUUUGAGAAGAACGAAGCUGGUAUUCCAAAAAAGAUCAAAGUUGAGGAUAUUCCUGGUUUGAGGGAUGCUGGAUGGACCCCCGAUCAAUGGGGUCAUUCACGUUUUAAAACAGUAAAUGCUUCCACGGAUAGUGCCUCUCAUCAGAAAUCCUUGACUGCAUUCAUGCGCACACUUCUAAAGUCAAUGCAUGACCAUCCUGAUGCUUGGCCAUUCAAGGAACCUGUUGAUAAACGUGAUGUGCCAGAUUAUUAUGACAUUAUCAAAGAUCCCAUGGAUUUGAAAACAAUGACAAAGAGGGUAGAGUCGGAGUUGUAUUAUGUGACAUUUGAGAUGUUCGUUGCGGAUGUGAAGAGGAUGUUUGCCAACGCACGCACUUACAACUCUCCCGAAACCAUUUAUUACAAGUGUGCGACCAGGCAUGUCCAUGCGCCCAUUCCCUUGCAAUCUCUCUUUCUCUCUCUUUUAACUCUGGUAGGUUAUUGCAGGCUUGAAGCUCAUUUCUCAAGCAAGGUUCAAUCAGGCCUUCAGUCUGGUACCAAAAUUCAGCAGUGAAUGAAUGCCUUUUUUAAGAGGAUAUUAUCUAAAGUCACGUAGGAUUUAUCUGUAAAUCAGUCUAUUAUUUGAAAUUCACAUGGAAUUUAUAAGAGCGAUUCAUAGAAGCCAGCUUAUGCUGAGCGUAUGUCCACCUGCACGUACUACUAGCCUGCCUCAAGAUGAUAUUUAUUUCCCUGUUGUUCCCAGUCAUGUCCAGAUUUUCAUGUUCUCUACCUCUCUUUUGCCUUUUUCUUUUAUAUUUUAGGAAUUGUAAUUAAAGAAAAUGAUUAUUAGAUUGUGCUUUAUUUGUUAAAAUACAGCAGGUUUCUUAUUCGAGUUUCAA